CAUAAGACCGACUUGACCUCUUCCCUCCUGAAAAAUCGUCGAAGUUGUUUAGAGACCGUUGAAGUAACCAGCAAAAUCGCCGUGCAUGCGCGCCACUUCGAAGUGGCUCCAGGACCAUCCGGUCUGACGUGGGUACCGUAGGCAAGUAUGUUCCACAGCUCCAGUUUUCUCGAAUGCGCCAAAGGAAUUUCCCUGAUCUUGGCGCAUAUCACCGCAUGCAUUAUAGAUAUUGAUAAUCCUGAAGCAUCUCUCACGGUCGCGAUCUGCUCGGAUCACCGCUUGCAUGGAGCAGCGACCAUGGCAGAGGCUGCCUGUGGCUUCGUCCUUCCAUUCUACGAGCCGUUGCAGCUGUUGCAAACCAAGCCAUACGACUUCACACAGCUGGGAAAGCAACACGCAAACUCCCCAACUUCCGCCGCCACCGCUGCCGCCCUCGCCGCCUACGUGCGCCCCGACUUCCUCGCGGAGCUCUCCUUCCACCGCGGCGCGCUAAGCGCCUGGCUGCAGCAGCAAGCUACAACAUCAGGCAGUAGCAGUGGUUCCGGUGGGGGUGGUUUCGGUGCCGGUGGUACGGCAGCAGCAGUGGUUCCGGAGGGGGUUCUGGAGGGCCUAGCAGCGCUAGCGGCGCGCUUGCAUGGCCUCACGUACGCGCUAGCGGGGCCGGCGGCUGCGAGUAUGGCGGCGCCGGCGGGCAGUACGGCGGCGGAGGGGCUGCCGUACGGCGAAGGAGGAGGAAACGGCGGACGAGGCGGGGGCGCUGCGAUUGCGGCGGCGGCGGCGGUGACGGCUGGGAUGUUGCGUACGGAGUGGACCUCCGCGCUCUCCAGCAAGCCUCAGCGGAUGCUAAAACUGGACUCCCUGCCGCAGGAGCUAGCCAUGGUGUACACCACCACCGCUGCAGCCAUGCGCCAAGCCGCACAUCAGCGGCUGGAGGACUCCCUCGCCUCCGCCACCUCCAUCUCCGCCUUCGGAACCGCUGCUGGCGACACCGGUACGGCAGCCUCAACAGCCUCAGCUCCAGCCUCCCCGGGCACUGCAACUGCCGCUGACAACAGCAGCAGCGGUACGACAGCAGCGGCGGCGGCGGGGGCGCUGACGUCAGCAGUGGCCUCCCUCCGUCGCGCUGCAGGGCUGUACGGCUACCUGGCCGAUGAGAUGCUGCCGGAGCUGGGCACGGGGGCGGGGGCGGGGGGAGAGCGCCCCCUGGAGUUGCUGCCGCCUGCCGCCCGGCUGAUGCAGCUGCUGUGCCUGGCGGAGGGGCAGGCGCUCAUGGCGGCGGCGGCGGAGGCGCGGGGGAUGGCACCUGGCACCCAGCGAGCGCUGCAUGCGGGCUGCCUCACCCUCCUGCGUCAGGCUGAGGCCGCCGCUGCCGCGCUGGCGGCCGCCUCGCCGCCCUCCCUGCCGCCCGCCUCCCGCCUGCCCCGCUUGCUGGGGGUGUCCUGCGGCCUGCAUGAGGGGCGCUGCCUGCUGGCGCGGGCGGCGGAGCUGCAGAGGGACAUGCAGCUGGGGGAGGCGGAGGCGGCGUGCGAGGAGUGCAUGCGGGUGCUGGGGGGGGCAGCCAGGCGGCUGGAGCGGUCCGACCCGCCCGCGUGGGGGGAGGCAAUCAAGGCCCAGCAAGCCCGCUGCGCCCCGCUGCUAGCUGCCGUACACAAGGAUCGGUUGGCGGUUACCUACCAACCGCUGCCGAAGCAACCGCCUGAUGCAACCGCCAACGCCGCCGUACGAGUGACGCCGGAGCCCUUCCGACCCGUACCUGUAGCGCCGCCGCUGCCGCCCCCAGAUCAAGGCGCCAAGCCCGGCUGCGCCCUCAUGUAGCUCCGCCCGCUGCUGUCGUACACACGUGGCACCGGUAACCCGGUGGUGUUGGUGUUGGAGCGUAGAGGUAUGUAACAUGAUGCCCCAAGGGUAGCUAGUGGUGGCCCGGGGGGAAUGUCCCCGACGAAUGGCUUUGAUGUUAGCCACAGCAGGAGGGAUGUUACUCGUGCUAGGAAGGCAGCAUAGCUACAUAUAUACCAUGCAGCCUUGCGUCCGCAGCAACCAGUAUGUUGUGCAGGAUUUGUGCAUAAGUCAGUAUUGGUCCGGUGUUGCCCGGCGGUGGGCACAUGGGCGUCGUUCGCAGAGCAUGCAUGGUAGCAUACCGUUGUACAGCAGUUGACGUACCGUACAUAGGCGGGCCUAUAGACGAUGCCGGUUGGUCGUUGUGGGUAAACUUUUCUAUGUGCGUGUCCUGCAGACCAUCAUUGCACGCUCGGCUAACAAAUAUACUCGAGAACGCUGCCACAACAGAAUGAAAGCCGAAAAUGUAAAACUUAAGCGUAUA